AUGGGAAAUGAUGAUGUGUGGGUUCGAAAUUCGGGCCGCACGCCACUGUGCUGCGCGAUUCGGUGUGUACAUCGUUGGUCUCGGGGCACUGGGAGCACUCGGUACGGCAGUGUACCCACCGCCUUUUUCGCUCCCCUCGUCCUCGCCGCACCGCCCUUCGUCCCCGCGCUACCUUCCCCCACUGGGCGGCGCUCCAUGCGCGUCGCAAUCGUGUGGAGCGUCGACGGUCUCAGUCUCCGUUGGAUCGUCGCCAAGUGUGUGUCGUUGAUCGGUGCACUCGUUUACCCUUGUGCGUCGAUUCGGCGUGGAGCCUCAGUGCACAUUAUAUGUUACAUGCGCGCGCAAGCCGCUCGUCGCGUAGCGGGUCGGACUAGUGGUGAAACACGGCCAAGAAGAAAGAUAAGAACGCUGUGUGCUGUUGUGCGUGCGCGGAGUGUGCAAUAUUUUGGUUACAUCAGGGAUAAAAACGCCACGAGAGCAAACACGAGGGGCAUCGUGAAGCUCACCGGAAACGUCGCGCGAGAUAUGGAUUGGGCGCUCAAGGCUCGCCGAACCCUACUUUGUCCCGAAUUGUCCCUAGGCGGUCUCCGUCCUCCGUCGAGGAGAACUCGUGUUCCCGAGAGUUGGAGCUUGGGUCAGACGUUGGGUCUGAUUCCAAGACCUGAGGUGUUAGUGUAG